UGUAUACUGUACAAAGAAACAAACAACUUAUCUGAUAUUAGACUCCAAAUGGUUUGGCAUAGUACUCUUCUAGAUUUGCAUAUAAAAUAGUCAGAAGGAAUUUUAAACUUCUUCACUCACAAACAGAACUACAUACCAUGUCAGACCUUGUUCACCUUCAGAAGCCAUAGGGAUCAUCUGAAGCAGAUCAGCACAAAAGCUUUCCACUAAUCAAUAAUAAUAAGAUGGCUGAUGCAGACUACAUUGCAGAAAAACAAAGGGAAUUGUGUGCGUUUGAUGACCUCAAAAUAGGUGUCAAAGGGCUUGCAGACUCCGGAGUGACCAGGAUUCCCAGAAUAUUCAUCCACCCACCGGAGGCUUUAAAGUGCACAGCACCGGAAAACAAUGUCAUACUUAAAAUCCCGGUUAUUGAUCUCAAAGGCAUUCGGAAUGGUCAUGGUCGAGAGGACAUUAUCAAUGCACUUAAAGAUGCAUGUGAAACCUGGGGGUUCUUUCAAAUAGUUAAUCAUGGAGUUCCACUUGCUGUUAUGGAGGAGAUGCUUGAUGGUAUUCGAAGGUUCCAUGAGCAGGGCCCAGAAGACAAGAUGGAGUUAUACUCUAGAGACUAUAAGAAACAGGUCAACUUUUAUGGCAGUGGAGAUCCAAAGUUGCGUGCAAAAUCUGGAGCAGAUUGGAGAGACACCUUAUUCUGCAGAGCGGUGGAUGAUAAAUGGAACUUUGAGGCACUGCCAGAAGUGUGCAGACUUGAAAUGAGUGGCUAUAUCAAAAACAUGACUGCACUUCAGAAAGUGCUAUCUGAAUUACUAUCAGAAGCAUUAGGGCUUAGCAAGGAUCACCUGACACACAUGGGAUGCUUGAAAUCUUUCUCAUUGUCAUGCCACUAUUAUCCAAUUUGCCCCGAGCCAGGGUUGACUCUAGGCACAAUCAAGCAUUCAGACCCCUCAUUUCUUACCUUAGUACUGCAAGAUGAGAUUGGGGGCCUCCAAGUGCUCCAUAAAGAUCAAUGGGUUGAUGUGCCACCAGUGCAUGGAGCUUUUGUGGCAAAUGUGGGUGACUUUAUGCAGCUAGUUACUAAUAACAAGUUCAAGAGUGUUCAGCACAGAGUGCUUGCUACCACACUUGUCAAGCCACGAAUAUCAGUUGCGUCUUUCUUUGUUCCUAUGGAUAGUGACAAACGUGUCAAGCCAUAUGGACCAAUAAAGGAACUUCUAUCUGAGACCAAUCCCCCAAUAUACAGGGACAUCCUCUAUGGAGAAUAUACUGGAUAUUACAGAGUUAGUGUUCAGCAUGGUAGCUCUGCCCUGCCUAACUUUAGACUGCACUGA